AUGGAUAACACGAUGCUGGCGAUGGCGAGACAGCUGACCUCGUGUAACAGCCUCACGCCCAUCCACCGACUCGGACGCGGGACCUCCGGGGCAAUCCUGUGGGCCAAGACCGCCCCGGCGCGGAAGGUCCUGUGUCGCGCGAUGAUGGAGCGGUCGUUCAAGAAGGUCUAUUUGGCCAUCGUGCAGGGCCUGCUUCCCCUGCACGAGACAUUCACCAUCACGCAAAGGAUCGGCCCGGUGCCCUAUGCGGCCUUGGCCCAUACGCAGUCGAUCUUUGCCGCGUCGGACGAUGGUAAGGAGGCCACGAGCCACGCCACCACGCUCGCCGUCAACACAGAGCUCAACCUGUCGCUCGUCAAGGUUCGUAUCGAGACCGGGAGAGCACACCAAAUCCGCAUCCACAUGGCCUACGCGGGGCAUCCGCUGCUCGGCGACCCGUUGUACAUCGCCGGCGGCCUUCCUCGACCACGCGCCAUCACCGAAGAAGACCACGAAGAGCGAUACCGCAGAGAAUUGCAGCAGGGGGAAAAGAACGAAGGCGACGGCGAUAGUCACAAAAGCGAAGACGGCGCCCAGGAGGUGGAGGACGACACCAACGGCGUGCCCGGCGAUCUAGGGUACUUCCUCCACUCGUGGAAGCUCGUCUUCGCCCACCCGACAGCCUCGAACGGCGCCGCUGAGCGGAUUCGAAUCGUGUGCCCGCCGCCGCCGGCCUUCCGAGCGGCGUGGGGCCAGCAGCCACUCCCCUCCCGGCCUCACGGCCUCACUUAA